AGUGAAGUAGUGCUUAGAUCAAUAAAUGGGUAGAUAACAGAAGUCUCCCAUCCCAUACACCCCAUGCCUCCAGUUCCAGACAAACCCAAUUUGAAUACACACACAUUGGGGAGGCUCCCCUCCCAAUAUUUUUUAUAAAUAAUUUUGACAAAAAAUCUCAUUUAAGUUAAUCUAACGGAUUAGAUGAUUUAAUUACAAUCCUUUGAAACCACCCCUCAACCCAUUCCCCCAAAUCCAUGUUUCCAUAUUUAAAACAUUCUAAGGAUUUUAAUUCAAUCAAAUCGUUAGAUUAAUGUGUAGACAAGAGAUAGAUCUUUUCCUGAGAUUUCCUUUUACAGUUAGCAGCUACAAGAGUUAAAGCCUCCUGAAAACUUAACUGUCCCCACACAGAAAUGCCCAUAAAACUUCGUCUUUUUCCGGAUUCUAUUCUAUCAAAUCUCUUCUAUAUAUAUCUCUCUGUGCAAUACAUUUACACACAGCAAGGGAAAUGAAGAUCCAAUGUGAUGUUUGUGGGAAAGAAGAAGCUUACAUUUUCUGCACAGCAGAUGAAGCUGCACUUUGCCAAGCCUGUGACUGUAGAGUCCAUCGUGCCAAUAAACUUGCUAGCAAACACCCCCGUUUCUCUCUUCUUCAUCCUUCCUCGAUUGAUUCGCCUCGCUGUGACAUUUGCCGGGAGAGAAGGGCAUUACUUUUUUGUCAAGAAGAUAGAGCACUACUGUGCAGAGAAUGUGACAUUCCAAUACACAAAGCCAAUGAAUAUACCAAAAACCACAAUAGAUUUCUUCUCACUGGAAUUAAGCUUUCAGCUUUUGCAGCUUCUUAUCAGGCUUCCACAUCCUUCAGUAUUACUGGAUCUAAUAAUGCCAAUAAAAAUUUUCAAACAGAUUCUGAUGUAAACACGUCAGAGUCAACGUCAACUACACUUCGCAGAGUUCAUAAUAACGGGUCGGAUCGAUCUGGAAGCCAAGAGGGUUCGGUGUCAAUGAGUAGCAUAUCGGAGUAUUUAAUCGAGACUUUACCUGGUUGGCAUGUUGAAGAAUUGCUGGAUCCUUUUUCUUCUCAUGUUUUCUGUAAGAUUAAUGAUCAGAUCAUUUCACCAUCUACAAAUGAUGAUGAGGUUGAAAGCGAUUUUGAUCCUAUUUUCAUCUAAUGACAAAACCCAGUGGUCACACCAAACACUAGCUUCUUAUCAAAAUCUCGAGCUCCUCUUAUGGAUGUGGCAGGAGAUUGUCUUGACUCUGAAGUUGUUUUUACAGUACCAAAGAUCACCCCUAAAACUGAUGAAAGACAGUAUUGGUAAAAAUAACCAUGAGCCGGUACCUCUAUAAUAUAUUCAACUUUUCAGGUAUUUUUUUCCUCCUAUAAAGGUCCAUAGGGAAAAAAAUUACCUUGUGUCAGCACUUGCAGUGAAUUUGAUCGCGUUUAACUUCGUUACUCUUUCUUUGUUCUUUGUUAAUUUGAAUUGUACGUACAAACUAAUUGUUGUUUAGUUUCUUUAAAUACUGUCCUUUUCAA